AUGCCGGAAGCCAUCUCGGGCGAGAAGCAACUCGCUGACAUCCAACAUGUUCAGCCAUCUCAGCCGCCUCCGGUAGAUCAACGAGAUUUACCAGACAAGGAUACGAUCGAUUAUUUAAAUGUCGUUCAUGCAGUUAACGGCGGCGACGGGGCUUCUCACUCAACGACUUUGACGACCACGCCGCUCGUCCGAGAUCGAGAACCAGCAGAGCAAGAGCCAGAUGCUGCGCCAAAUGCGGCUCAAGAUUCGGCCUUACAGCGCUUUACUUCUACAACGCGACGAGAUGGACGCCAUUUGCGGGAACCGCCUGAAUUGCCAUUCAACCUGCGCCACCAUAAGUUGUCGCUGUCGAUCUUUACGUUCCUCGCACUGGCGGAGUGCUGUUUUGUCCCGGUCGCUUUCUACUAUGGUUUCAGUCAAGGGACCAACGUGAGAUCAGGGAUUUAUUUCGCCAUUAUCACCAGUUUGUUCGGGUUCGUGAGCGGAUAUGAGUUUGGCAUUCGAGGUUGGCGGCUCGUGAAAGUCACGGAUGAAUAUCGACCACUGUUCGGCAGCCCAAGGUUCUGGGGAUUCGACAGUACUAAUUUCGUCCUCAUGAUGCCCUUUACCGUGAUGACCAUCAUUCUCAUCAUCUUCAGCAUACCGCAUUAUCCCUCAGUCAAAGCGCUCGCUUUGCCAAUGCCAGUCGGCAUGAUCAACAUUGGCGUCAUAUUUGUCAUCAAUGGUUGGGCAGCACAACGGGGCUGGAGACUGAUAUACUUCAGACUCAGCUCUCAUGUCAAGAAUUCAAUCUGUCCUCCGCUGACAUUUUGCAUAAUGGAAGAUAUAUGCGCUGUUGACGGGAAGGGAGGCAAGAAAUAUCGCCAAGCUGCGCUUGAAAGGUACAAUGCAUCUCCAAGAUUCAGGGCAUUGCUCUUGCAGCUGUUAUGGUUCUGGGCGAUACCUGCGAUCGUUGUGGGAGCCGCGCUCAUCGCGGCUAUAUAUUCUACCACUGAUGACAUUGCGUAUGGUAUAGGAUGGGGAGCACCCACCGUCUGGGUCGGAAUCUGGACUUGGAUCACCGUCAUUUGGGUCCAGCGAGCACUGCGAAUUGAAAAAGAGACAUGGGUAUCUGAUCGGACAAGUUCAGCAUAA